CUGAAAGCCAAAUUCAGCAGGUUUUUUUCUCAAAAUGGGUUGAACAUACCUCCUUUAUAUUAAUGUGUCAAAGUUUGAUCAGUGACUCUUCUGGAGUGGAUUCAUCAACAACCAACAACAGAGCUUUACUAAAGGUCCCAAGGCAGUGAUGGAGAUGACCACUAGAUCUUUUCAUCAACUCAACACAACCACUGCACCUGUUUACCAGUACGCUGAGUUGAGACAUUCUCUCAACACUAUGUGUGCCAUUUUUCUCUCCCUGGUCUCUGUCCUCGGUGUGCUCGGGAAUGGAGUUGUUAUCUGGGUGGCUGGGUUCAAGAUGAAGAAAACUGUUAAAGCAGUUUGGUUUCUCAACCUUGCUGUGGCCGACUUCUUCUUUUGUGCACUUCUUCCCAUUACCGUGACAUCCCUGUUACUGUCUCAUUGGUCUUUUGGCCAAGUCAUGUGCAAGCUAAACACCACUUUAGGCUUUCUAAACUUAUCUGUUAGUGUCAGCUUUCUGGUGGUGAUCAGUGUGGACAGGUGUGUUUCUGUGGUGUGGCCGGUCUGGGCUCACAACCACCGAAAUGUACGUAAGGCAUCCUAUGUGAGUCUGUGUGUUUGGAUGGUGAAUCUGAUAUUCAGCAUUCCAUGGUUUUUCUUUAUGGAAACAAAGGAAAUGAAUGACACUAAAGCCAAAACCAUCUGCUUGCACAAGUUUGACCUUCAUGAUGACUUUAAACCAUCAUCUUUCAUUCAGCUGGCAUUAGUCUCCCGCUUUCUCCUGGGAUUUGCAGUCCCCUUCUCUGCCAUCGUCUCCUGUUAUGCCGUCACAAUCCAUCGUCUGAGAAGAAGCAGCACUCUGGCAAGGAAAUCAAGUCACACUUUUAAGAUCAUCACUGCCAUAAUCAUUGCUUUCUUUCUGUGCUGGGCUCCCAUUCACAUUAUGGGUCUAAUUGAACUUGAGAAACACAGAUCUGCUGCUACAAGUGGAACAUUAGAGCAUGUCCUGGCUAUCGGGAUCCCUAUCACCAUCUGUUUGGCUUGUCUCAACAGCUGCCUGAAUCCACUGCUGUAUGUGUUCAUGGGCCAGGAUUUUAAGAAUCAAGUCCACAAAUCUAUCCACAACAUCUUGGAGACUGCCUUCCAGGAAGAAGUUCCUCCAAAUGCAACCACUCAGAACAAUAAGAAGUCAGGGUCUGACACACAGUUGUAAUGUGAUUAAAGAGAUAAAUACAUUGUACUGUACAUAGUGACUUUAACUGUGUCUAACAAAUAAACUUUUCUUUAAAUUCAUGGAUCCUCUCAAAUUAUACAGUUAAUCUCUUUUGAUUUAAUAACAUGAAUUUUAGGAUUGUUGAUCAAAAGCAUUCUCUUUUUUUAAGUAUAUUAUAUAUUAUUACUGUGAUAUUGUACAGCAAGUCUAUACUACCUGUGACUGUCUCGGUCCCUGUGUCUUUUGCCCAAGUUUUGAUUUUCGCAAUAAUUUUUGUAUUUGUGUUUAUUUAUCAUGGGGUUUGUACUUUAAUUUACAAAUUGUGGAAAUUGAUUGUUUUCUUUCUGGUUGUCUUGGUUUUGUGUUUACGUUUUCUUACUUUUACUUUUUUUUUUAGAACCUAGUUUUUCUCUAAUUUUAAGUUUAUCCUGUCUGUCCUGUUUUCACCUUCCUAAUUUCAGAACUGUUGUCUCUGUGCUUCUUGUCUUGUGACUUCCUGUUUGACCUUGAAGCGAGAUCGAUCAACUGCAGACCAGACAACAAACGACAG